AUGCUCGCCUCCCACAUGGCCAGCGCCAACGGCGCGGCGGGCGCGCUCUCCGACCCCUGCUUCGCUCGCUUCCGCCUCGAGGAGGACACGGUCGUCUUUGACGUCCGAGCCGGCGACGCGACCGGCAGCGUCAACCUCUCGCUGCACGAGCGCUCGCGGUACCCGCGCUCCGGCGCGCUGGCAUUCGCGGACGGCUCGGACGCGCUGCUCCGCGCCGUCGAGUCCGUCUCCGAGCGCAUCUCAUCAGGCGCCUCCCUCCCCGCGGUGCUCGAGCAGCUCGGCCUCGCUCUCGGCUCCGAGGCGGUCUUGGCGCAGCUGCCGUCCUACUCCCAGAUUGGCAGCGCGGACGGCGGCGCGUCCUCAUCGGCGGGAGCCGGCGGCUCGGGCGAUCCGCCCGAGGGCGGCGGGGACGCCUCGUCCGACGACGAGGACGAGGACGCCGCCUCUGGCGCGUCUUCCGACGACGACUACGACCUCGGCUUCAAGGCGGGCGACGAGCUCGACGAGCGGCUGCUGCGGCUGCGGCUCGCGUGGGAGGAGAAGGACACGCGCCGCCGCGAGGCCGCGCGCCGCGCCGUCGGCCUCGACCCUCCCGCCGACGACUCCGCGCCCGCCGCCGCGCCGGCCGCCGCCGCGCCAGAGCCGGCCGAGUCGAAGGAGCCAAAGCGGCGGGGGGACAAGGGCGACAAGCAGACGGGCAAGCGCGGGGCGGCGUCGCAGAUCUUCUCGUCCGCCGAGGCGACCCGCAUCCUGUGCAACGAGCUCGUCGCCCUCAUCCGCGAGCGCGCCGAGGGCUUCGCAGGGAUCCUCGCCGACUGCGUCGACCUCGACAUCCACCACUGGGUCGUGGAGAUCUCGGACAUCACGCCGGGGACGCCGCUCCACGCCGACCUGCUGCAGUUGGGCGGCCCAGACGGCUGCGCAAACGUGCAGCUCGAGCUGCG